GGCCGCCUCGUACCAAGAAUCACGUGAGAGGGGGAGAGAGAUGAUGGGGGUUGUUCCCAUAGCGAUGGGAAAAGGUUGGUCCCCGCGAGUCACAUGACUUGCACAGCCGAUGGGUCCUUCCGCCAGGCUGGGCAUUAUUCGGGGGCCGUAGAGUGCGUCCUUCUUCUCCCCCCCCCCCCCGCCCCUCUCUGGUGGUUUCAGCCGGAGUCCGCGCUCGCGCCCCGACCGUACCAUGGAGAUUUUCAUCCCGUCGUUCCGCUAUGAAGAGAGCGAGUUGGAGAGAGGCUACACGGUUUUUAGGAUAGAGGUACUAACAAAUGGAAGAAAGCAUUUCGUUGAAAAGAGGUAUAGCGAAUUCCAUGCUCUCCAUAAAAAGCUUAAGAAAUUAAUAAGAACUCCAGAAAUCCCUUCAAAGCAUGUGAGGAACUGGGUGCCAAAAGUUCUUGAACAGCGUCGGCAAGGCUUAGAAAUUUAUUUACAGAGUAUUAUUUUAGAAAACGAAGAGCUUCCAAAAAUUUUUCUUGACUUCCUCAGCGUUCGUCAUUUUCCUUCUCUCCCCAAAGCAGAAAGUUGCGGUUCUUUUGAAGAGAUAGAAUCUGAAGAAUUAAGCAAACUGUCCCACCAGCCUGUGCUGCUGUUCCUAAGGGAUCCAUAUGUCUUGCCUUCAGCCAAUGAUGACUUUCCAAAUGUAGUUAUUGAAGGUGUUCUCCAUGGAUUAUUUUAUCCUCAACGGCAGCUCAGGUAGAAACAGGUUUGGAUGGACAGUAACUACAAUAAAUUCAAGUCUUCUUCCUGGACCUAGGUUUUAGUGAUGCUUGUAGAACUACAGAAUAUAACAUAUUUUCUCAACAGUUAAUUAUGGACCAUCCUUUUUUGAAAAUUAAAUCAAUGUAUUGCUAAUAUUGCUGCUUUUAGACAAUUAUGGAGAAACGCUAUUCUUAAGACUAUUAAUCUAACGCUAAAUAUUUAAACCUUAAAGGCUGACAUUAUAUGCUGAAUGUCAGCGUAAAUACACUAACAACUUUCAUUUGACUUGUUAUGACUACACUAAGCCGUUAGUCUCUGAAUGUCCGUUCAUAUGGUAUUUGCUGCUGGCAGUAGAUACAAGUCAUUCUAGUAUAUGCGAGGUUGAAAAAUGCACAUGUUAACUAAAAGAUAACUACCAAAAUUGGAAAUGCAAUAUAUACUUGAAGUAUUGUAUCAGUAUUUAUGAUGUCAUUAUUUCAUAUCCACAUUAUCUUAUGUAGUGAAACAAUUGUAUGCUUGAUCUUUGGCUCCAAUGUAGCUUUAAUUUUCUUCAGGACCCAGGCCACAAUCCUUGUGCUUCCAGACAACACACUAUACCUGUUUAGCAAAAUCCUGCUCCUCAUAUUAAUUAGCUACACUACUAUUAAAAGAAAUGAGGAACAUGAUUAUUUUUACUGAUUAGCUAAUAAAUAUUCAAAGAUUAAUUGUACAAAUGAACAUAUGCUUAUGUUUUGCAAGAUGUUGGAAUACAAAAUAAACAGUGACAUGGCAUGUGUGUUUUACUGAUUUUCAGUCAGGAAAGUGUUUAUUCAAAUAACCACCUCCCCCCAGUUGAACUUUUCUCAUGUUGUUCUAGGGAUCUUUACAACAGAGGAACAUUUACAUAUAUUCAACAUUGCUUACAUUAUUUGAGGCACCAUAAGAUUGUACUUAGCUAUUCUUUUCAUCUUAAAGUAGCAAACAAUAACCAGGCUCGUUAGGAAGCUGCAAUAUGGACAAUCAAAACGCAAACCAAAACUUCACAUAUGAAGUUGUCAGGCAAGCCAUCAUCUCAGUUGGCUCAGCUUCUGAUGCUUUUAUGUGCAAGAAGGUCAGUGAACUAAUCACAUUCUUUGUGAUGUUUCUUAUUCUAAAUGAAUCAGGGUUGAGAGUAUGGAUUUACAUGAACAUAUUUCAGAUUUUCAUCUCCCCGGUGCCUCAGAAUUCUAUUAUUUUGGAAUAGACAUUUUCAUUAGUUUUUUGCUUCAAUCCUAAGCAUAGCUUCUUAGAAUUAAAUUCUAUGGAAGACAACACUUGCUUCUAAUAAACAGAAUUAGAAGCCAAGUGAGAAAGGCCUUACACUGGCAGCAUAGCUACCCACUACUAACUACCAUUUUAAUAUCUCAUGCUGAGGAGUGAAUGCCAGGAUGCUCAAGUUGAUUCCUUAUCUAAGACUUUGGAAAGUUAGAGCUAUAGAAUGAAUAGACUUACAAUAUAUUCAAAAGAAAUCAGUAGUUUGAAUUGAUUGUUGGCUUUCCGGAGAGCCCUUAAAACCUAUCUGUUUGGCCUGGCCCAGGGUUUUUAAACUGUUUUAAUUGUUAAUGGUUUUAUGCUAUUGUUAAAUGGUUUGUUUUUUUUAAAAAAGUUUUAUGCUGUUUCUAAAUUGUUCUGUAAUGAUUGUUUUUAAAAGGAUUUAUUUGUGGGUUUUAUUUUUAUUGUUCACUGUCCAGAGCCGUUUGGAUGGGGCAGUAUAUAAAUGUAAUAAAUAAAUAAAUAAAAUAGAUUUGGUCCUGA